CCGGUGCGUCGCCGUCGACAGACGUGGCGGUCUCGAGUGCAAGCGCCCGAAGUUCGUUUUCGUGCAGUACAAGCCCGAGGCUGCAUCUGCCAUCAAGAAGGCGAGGGCUUCCUCGCACAAGGGCGAUGUGAAGGAGGUCCUCAGCGGGGCACACAUAGACGUCACGGUGGAGUCGUUGAAGGAUUUGGACGAGCAGGGCCUCAUCGUCAAACUGCAGGCUGCCACGGGCGCGCACAAGCCCAACGGGUACGAGUUCGAGGACGGCGUCUUUCUGGAGGCUGACUACUACGGCCUGGGCAUUGGGAAGGACUGCAAGGGCGAGACGGCCAAGAAUUGAUUGCUCGCUGGCAGGCUGUCUCUUUCAGCUCAGGGCACAGCACGAGAGUGGAGCCCAAGUGCUCAAAUUAGUCCGAGAUGGUGCGUUGAUCAAGGUAGCGCUGUCUCUAUAGGGUAUCCACGUUUACGUAGCUGCUUUUGAGAAGAGACGCUCGUGGCAAGUUAGAUUCCACGCGGGCAGAAUGUCACAUCGGUCGUCGCGCUUUCCUCGGCGCAGCCUAAUGCUCGCUCCCAGUGUUACUCCCCGUCCCCACUGUCUGCAACGAGAUCCUCCUCUCAGUCG